AUUCUGCUUGGUUUAACCAAAAUGCAUUCUUUCAUAUACGUCUUGUUGAUACAAUUAAACCAUUUUUCUCAGUGUACCUAAUCUAUCUUGCAGAACGAACGCGAACGAUGGCAUACGGAAAAACCAAUUUAUUUCGAUGUAUACAUAGUUGGAAAAGAAAACGCUCUAGUCGAAGAAAAGAUUCAUGUAUGCUUUUUUGUUUCAUAAUCCUAUAUGGCUGUAAUGAUUGAUCAGGAGUCUUAAAAAGGAUAAGGAUGGAGUGGAGCGAUAAAGAAUGUUAUUCAAAGACACCUGUAACGCCUUAGACAAAUCUAUUCGCAUCUAUCCUGGUUUCCUAGUAGAAUGGACGAAUGAAACGACGACUGCUUGGUAUAUAACGAGAUCUGGUUGGUGCUGUGGAUGCUUCUUUAGCUCUCUCUUUCUCUGUUUCUUUUUCUCUCCCUCCCACCUACCCUCUAUCUGGUGACGCGUGUACGAGUACACGCGUUCGUGCACGCGCGUAGUUAUCGUACGAAUGUGACGAUGCAAGCGUAUUAUAUACAUGAUAGGCGACGAAGCGAGAUAGAAUAUUUAUCUAGGCUUGUUUGCAGUCGAAACUUUUGUCACUUGCGAGUAUACUGGUGCAAGUGCCGCGCGAUAAUUUCGGUCCAUCAUUUCUUAUUUAUGCAUAUCAUUUGUUAUUUAUUUACGUUAUUUGUGCACUCGUCCGCGAUAUAAGUUUCCGAAACGUCUGAUCCUCCGACUUCGACCACGGCCGAUGAUUCGAUUUGCCCCGAAAAUAGGCGUGCAGGACCGUGUUAAUCGAAAUUAGAAUCUUUGUGUCUCCCUCUCUCCUUCUUCCCCUUCUCUUCUGGUACGGAGCGUCGCAUCGCGCCGCACCGCGUCUCGACUGAACUCAGCUCCGAGUCUCUAGCCGAGCGAACUCGCAACAGUCGCAACUAAACUCGCGCACCGAGCGCUACGCGCGUCAUCGCGUGCACCGCGCGAAUGCCUCGUAACCGAGAAACAACGGAUCUGCGCGUCGCCGCGACUCCUGCCCUUCCAACAGCUCGUCGCAAUAUGUGCAGUGUCCCCCUUCGAGGAAAAUGCAAUUGAGCGUAGAUAAAAUGAUGCAAGCAUGAUAACGCGCGGUCUCGGCGCGGACGAGGAACGGAGCCGCGUGGGAGCGUUCGCCCGGAUUCGAAAAUAUCGGGAAUCGAUGUCCAUUGAAUGCGAUUCGAGUGACACUCGGUAAGAGGUGCCGUACGUACGCCGGCAGCUUCGAAUCUCGCAUCGCUGAAUUCCGGAUUCUCUGAAUUCUGUUGCAAAGUCAACAAUCGACAAUCGCACGUUGUGGGAUUCGCCGCAAACUUCACGGUAGUGUUCUCUCUCGAAGCGCGACUGCAAAGGAAGCAAAAACCCGUUUCGGACAGUGGAUAGUUGUAACGAAUCCGUUCGUUCCUGGUUUUCCCGCUUGUCUCGUGUCGCAAGCGAAUCGGGCCAACUUAUUUACCAGGCACGCACGCGCUCGCGCUCGCGCGCGAUAAGGCGUAACUGACGCGGUUGCAAUCGGUUUCCAGAGCGAAACAGAGUGAAGUUGUCGCUGGUCGGCGGUCGGGAUCGUUCCUCGGGGGCGAUCGAACGUCUUGAAGUUGACUCCGUGGGGCCACGUGGGCGUUAUCGGACACAAUUUGCCCCGAGAGGUCGUACGUGGGAGCGAUUACGCGAACGAGUUCAUUCAUCGUGCGGAUUCCAGUUCGCCGGAAGUGACGGCGUACGGCGACUUCCUCGCUGUGUGCGCGCGUGCACGGUACCAGUCGAGUGCAUCGUGCACAAACGCGUCCGCGCUCGCUCGCGCGCGUGCUGACCUAGAGGAAGCGAAAGGAGAAGAAAGAGAGGAUGUCGACUCGCCGGCGGGCGACCGCGACCACGUUGAGCAGCGAGAUGCAGUGCUCUGUUGUCGGGCGACGGUCAGUAGCUCUUUGAAGGUUUCGCCCUGUCGACGAUGGACAGGAUCGGUCGUGCGAACUGUUUGCGACUACUACGAAAGGCCGAGCUCUGUGUCGUCAUCGUCUUCCCUCGUGGCAGCUCGCCACGCUCGCCAGCGCGAUUAUGCAGCUGAAGAAAGCGAUGCUCAAGAUAUUCGAUCAAUGCCUGCACUUGCGGAGCAUCGAGGAGCCGAGGAUGACGGCGGAGACGGCGGCUCCUUGCGUACAAGGAGUACAGGGAGCGCAGAGCGGCAUGGCGAGUCAGAGUAUGUUGCAACAGGUGCAGGAUGGAAGUGGCGGCAACGGCAGCGGCGGCGGCGGCGGUGCUUAUUACUCCUCGACAUCGACCUCGACAGUGUACGAUCCAGAAUACGCUCGAAUGGAGGCCUGGCUCGACGAGCACCCCGACUUCGUUAGCGACUACUUUUUAAGGAAAGUAACGCGGCAAACUGUAGACAUGUGGUUGGUAUCACAUGCGACACCGACCUCGUCAUCCAGCAGUUGCGUGGAGCUGUCGAGUCCGACCCAUGCCGCCGCGGCCGGCAACUCGUCUUCCGGUCGAGGUGGUGGCUCGGGAGCCACCACUCCCGUACGCAAGAUCUCGGCGCACGAAUUUGAACGGGGAGGUCUCCUGAAGCCUAUUGUAAAUACGAUUGACGGAACCCCGACGUUCCUGAGUGUGUCGCCAGGUGAUACCGGUCAACCAGGUGGUGCGCAAGUCGGUUCCGGUAAUCCGAACCGACCUCAAAGGCGAUCCAGACACGAGCUCAGGCAUCUCGACGAAAAGGAUCUCAUUUUCGAACUGGUGAAAGAUAUUUGCAACGAGCUGGACGUGAGAUCGUUGUGCCAUAAGAUCCUGCAGAACGUGAGCACGCUUCUCCAUGCGGAUCGCGGUUCGCUGUUCCUUGUUCAGGGGGAAAGGAGCAGCACCGCCAAUUCGUCUUCUCAGAGUCAGGAGAACAACUCCACAGAUAACUUCAACGAUGAGGAUUCGCGACGUAACGAUCAAUCCUAUUCGAGGAAUAGGUGUCUGGUAUCGAAACUGUUUGACGUGUGUUCGAGAUCAACGUUACUAGAGAUGGAGAAGAAAGACGAGAUUAAGAUCCCGUGGGGCACUGGAAUCGUCGGAUACGUCGCCGAGAGUGGAGAACCCGUCAACAUACCGGACGCAUACAAGGAUUCGAGGUUUAAUCGUGAAAUUGACGCGUUAACGGGAUAUCGUACGCGAGCCUUAUUGUGCAUGCCUAUUAAAGAUUGCAACGGUGACGUAAUCGGAGUGGCGCAAGUAAUCAACAAGCUCGGUGGCGAGGGACAGUUCACUGCGCAGGACGAAAAGGUUUUCGCCGGUUACUUACAAUUCUGUGGUAUCGGCUUGAGAAAUGCGCAGCUUUACGAGAAGAGUCAAUUGGAAGUGAAGAGGAAUCAAGUUCUGCUGGAUCUGGCCAGAAUGAUCUUCGAAGAACAGAGCACGAUAGAGCACAUGGUUCUCAGGAUUCUCACGCACACGCAGUCGUUAAUCCAAUGUCAACGUGUUCAGGUGCUGCUCGUGCACAAAGCUUCGAAGGGAAGUUUCUCGCGCGUCUUCGACUUUGAAGCGAACGACCUCGUCAGCGAGGAUUCCGAUUCUCGUACUAGUCCGUUCGAGAGUAGAUUUCCCAUUAACGUCGGCAUUACGGGCUACGUAGCGACGACUGGUGAAACUGUCAACAUACCGAGCGCUUACGAAGACCCGAGAUUCGAUCCGUUAGUGGACGACGGUACCGGCUUCAGGCAUCGCACGAUUCUCUGUAUGGCCAUCAAGAACUCGUCCGGUCAAAUAAUCGGCGUGAUUCAACUGAUCAAUAAAUUCGACGACCUGCCUUUCACGAAGAACGACGAGAACUUCGUCGAGGCGUUUGCGAUAUUCUGCGGGAUGGGAAUUCAUAAUACGCACAUGUACGAGAAGGCUGUGAUAGCGAUGGCGAAACAAAGCGUCACCCUGGAGGUACUGAGUUAUCAUGCGUCGGCGUCGAUAGAGGACGCGCAGAGAUUGAGAAGCUUGAGAGUCCCGUCAUCGGCGAAUUUUCAACUGCACGAUUUUAAAUUUGACGACAUACACAUGGAGGACGACGAGACGCUCACCGCCUGCCUUAGGAUGUUCCUCGACUUGGACUUCGUCGAGCGGUUUCACAUCGAUUACGACGUGCUCUGCCGCUGGUUGCUCAGCGUGAAGAAGAAUUAUCGAAACGUCACGUAUCACAACUGGCGACACGCGUUUAACGUCGCUCAAAUGAUGUUCGCUAUUCUGACUGCUACGCAGUGGUGGAAGAUUUUUGGUGAAAUUGAGUGCCUCGCGCUCAUCAUCGCCUGCCUGUGCCACGAUCUCGAUCAUCGUGGAACAAACAAUUCUUUUCAGAUUAAAGCUUCGUCACCACUGGCACAGCUGUACUCGACCUCGACAAUGGAACAUCAUCAUUUCGAUCAGUGUUUGAUGAUUCUGAGCAGCCAGGGUAAUCAGGUCCUAUCGAAUCUUUCGCCGGAGGAAUACUCGCGCGUGGUGAAGGUUCUCGAAGAAGCAAUACUGUCCACCGAUCUUGCCGUCUACUUUAGAAAGCGUGGCGCUUUCCUUAGUCUAGCACGCGGCGGUGGCUACAAUUGGGCGUACAGCGACCACCGAGACCUCUUGCGCGGGAUGCUGAUGACGGUUUGCGAUUUGGCCGCCAUUACGAAGCCAUGGGAGGUGGAAAAGAGGGUAGCUGAGCUCGUUAGCAGCGAGUUCUUUGAACAGGGCGAUAUAGAAAGGCAGACGCUCAACAUUACGCCCAUUGAUAUUAUGAAUCGCGAAAAAGAGGACCAAUUGCCAAUGAUGCAAGUUGGUUUCAUUGAUUCGAUCUGCCUCCCCAUUUACGAGGCAUUCGCCCAAUUGUCGGAUAAACUCGUGGCGCUCGUCGACGGAGUCAGGCAAAACAAGCAUCACUGGCUGGAGAUCGCCAAGAGCAAGUGUCAGCCGGAGAAUUGCACGAACCACGACAGGACGAACACGACGUCGCCGACGUCGGUAUCCGACAACGAGGAGACCAGCGAGCAAGCGGACCAAUAGUCAUUACAUCGUCACUGUCACCGGUUAUCCGGAUUAAAUGCACAAAGCACAGCUGUACGUUGCGCCGUCUGCCAGUCGUCAGGAAGAGAAAUAACACGGGGGGGGGAGGGGGAGAGGGAGGGAUCGGGUUACUGUCGUUUACAGGCCGCCCUCGUCGCUUUUCCUCGUCUCAAUUAUCGCGGCCUGUGUCCUGCACGAACAACAAGCGGAUAAUUGAUCCGCACAAUGAAGUCCGUGCUACUUCAUUUACUGUCAAUUAGAUUUUUACGCAGAUCUGCUGAUCAAAUAGACCAAAUAUACAACUUUCUUGCAAACUUCAACGAUACGAUGUAUCUUAAUCAAAAGAGGGAAAACAGAAGUUGUUCCGUAAAUUUUAUAUAAGUUGACGAAACUCUGAAACUAUGCGUCGAUCGAUAUGUAUAUACGAGGUAAGAUACAACAGAUCUUUCUUCUCUCUCUCUCUUUCCCGUCUCCGUCUCUGUCUUGCUUCCUCUCGUCUUCGAUCCACCCUCGUUUACAUGUAUCCUAAAAUCUAAACCGAUCAAUCACCGUAUGCUACUAUUGUACCUGAUUGCAUUGUGUAUAUAUUUACUGUGACAGACCUCUUUUCGAUGCAGAGAGAGAUAGAGAGAGAAUGAAGAUGGGGGAUUGAUUCUCGAGUAUGUUUUAUACAAUAAUCUACGACGCGAUCCGACUCGUUAAAGGACAACCGUGCGAAGCAGUGCCGUACGUGCAAUUAGAUUGUAUGUAUUUGUAUACCAAAGUGUAAAUUUAUAUAUAUCGGGAUCGAUCGCGGCUACGGUCAGCCGGUAAAAUAGCGAUUCGAGUGGUCUGCGACGCGUGCUAAUCAAUUAGCAAUUAAUCGCAGCAGACGUAGUACCUGCCGGGCUUCUCAGUUGCUUUGUCUUCGCUUUUUCUUUCGAAUGUAUCGAUCCUUCGGAUCGAUCUCGAUCCAAACAGUCGUUUUCGUCUUCAGGCGGGACCCCGGUCGCCAGGAAAAACAAAUAGAAGCUACGAGUUCACCAAUAGAGAAGGCAGCAGCUACGUUAUCUUUGACGUUAGACUGGUAAUUUGAAAUUAGAUUAGCCUAUAUAUGAAAAUUUUAGUAUCCCUCGUGUAUUUUACUAUUUUUCACGGAUCCUCGCUGCAAUACCUUAUACCUUAUAGCGCGUUCGUUGAACUCUUGAUUAAUAAAAAAGAUACGCAUAUCAUUAGAUAAUUGUUGAAGCGAAAUAGCUCACAUUCGACGUCAUAUCCUAAACGUGAAAAAAACGGAAUCCCUUUGGUAUCGCGUUCGACGCUUAAUAAACGUUCGUACAGCGCGGCUCUGAGAAGACGAAGACGACCUAGGCAUUUAGUGAUCGCACGUGUGAUCGUUACUUAUAAUAGCGCGUGACUUCCUUAUAUGUUCCUUUAAUCCUGCAAUCUUUGUGAAGUGAUCUUUUUUUUUAUUUUAAUAUUGAUUCCAAGAGAGAGCGGUACUUGUGCCCGCGUCGCCACCAACCUGCGGGCUUAGGUGAUGAAAAUAUAACAUGUGUGAUAAUGUUUUCUCGUGUGCGUGUAACUGUAGCGCGGAUGUGUGCUCGAGAGAGGAGAGAACGAGAAUGCUAUUGUACAGUGAUUUCCUUUUUUCUUGUGUAAAUUAUAUCGUGAAGUGACGCGCAUCAUCGUUAUGAUAAUAACGCUGGUGCGACGCGAGUCAUAUAUUAUUCUACGAACAAUGUCUAAUAUAUUAAAGAGCGAGAGAGAAUAAAUUAUGUGAAUAUA